AUGGCGACCUCGUCGUCAAGGCGCCUAAAUAGUGCAGACAUUCGCUACAACACCUCACGCCUCACGAUCAAAGCGCUCAAACAAGUAGUGCAUAAAAAUCCGUCUUCACUACAGUCAAGCUUCACAUCCUGGCCACUCUCCUGCAGAACGCCGUCUACAGGGUGCCUUUCUAUUCGUCCGUACAUCCUGUCAAAACGCUCUAACACCCAUGCUUUCUAA